AUAAUGUUUGUAAUGGUCUCUUAAAAAUGGUUUUGUGCAUGGUUUAAAACGUCAAGAAUUUGAGUCAUAUCGUAAGCAUAAAAAAGCAUCAAAUGUGUAUAUUAUGUAAUGGUCGAGAAAAGAUAAUAAUGUUUGAAACGUAAUCUCAGCAAGUGGGUGAGUUAACCGUGAUGACAAAAGCAACGUAUAUUUUUUUUUGUGUUGUGUGGGGUGUGGGGGUUGGUGGUGAUGCGAGGCCCACGAAGAAGGAUGGGUUCGAUCCUGAUCCCACCCCGCCGACACUCCAGUUCUGGAAUUAGGGUUUGGCUUUGGGGUGGGUCUUCCGCCCCUUGAUCUAGGGUUUGGCUGCUUCCCCGCGCUUCGGUUUGAGGUUCGUUGAUUGGAUCGAGAAUCGAUGGUUCGCACUAAAGGAGGGAUGCGAAACCACCCAAACUGGGGAAAUAAUUCAAGGCUACGUAUGGGCUGGAAGGUGAGGAAACGAAACGGCCGGCCGCCGCUUCCGAUGUUAUAGCAGUACCUCCCCCCUCACUCUUCUGUCGAUGUAUCCGGCAGCGACGUCGGAGCCCCCCACCGACCCCACCCCUCUCUAAUUCAUUCUUAGAGGAACAGUAGGAAGCAGUAAAGUAGCACUUUAACAAACCUCGACUAGAGAUGCAUGCAGCAGUCCAACCCGAUGGACAUUCACCAAAAUAUCAGAACAACCCUACAAGCAUACAACACUUCAAAUCUAGUUCAGACUGUGCGCUAAAUAGUUGUACUUCAUCUUUUCAGUCUAAGGGAAAGAAGAGCAACGAUCUUGCUGCUUUUGCUGCCACCCUUGCCGCUCACCACCAGCCAAGCAAUUCCCACAAUUGCUCUUGACGUCGCCAUCUCCACCGUCAUCUUCUGCCGUAGAUUGAAUCAAUCUAUUGUCAUCAUCUCCAAUUGCAUCGAGAUCUGGUAUUCUCGUAUCACUAAUACCUUUUGCUGCUGUAAUUUUUCAUUCAAAAUACCAAGAAGAAGUCUUUUUAUCUAUCCCGUGCUGCGAAUUUCUUUCGCCAUAAAAGUUAUCAUCUUUGCGAACGAAGGAUUGCUGUAGAAAAUUUCAACCGCAUAUUGUUGCCUUUAAUCGGUCUAUUUGCUAUUUUUUUUGAACGAAAUUUGUUAUACACUUCAUAGAUCGUCUUGGCUUCCAUCUGAGAUUGAUCUAUUAAGGACUUCAUCUCUAAAACAUUCUUGUGUUGCUACAAAUUUUCGUCACAAACCGUUGGAAUUUUUCGACGAGAAUUCUGCUAUCGCAACUUGCACCGAUUUCCUUGCUGUUAUACUGUCAAAAUCUUCUUAAUCAAAUUUGUCAUCAUUGCUGUUAUCUAAAACGAGAUUUUGCUGUUAAAUUCCCUCCUCAAAUCACUCGAUUUUUGUUGAAAAUUUCGUCAUGAAACCGUUGUUUCUUCGACGACAAUUCUGUUUUUACAAACCUUAAUGCUCCUUUACUAAUGCUGAAGGAGCAUUAGUGAGUCCAAAAGGCAUUACCAAGAAUUCAUAAUGGUCGUUAUGUAUGCGGAAUGCAGUUUUUGGAAUGUCAUCUUCACAUACCCGAAUUUGGUGGUAAUCGGAUCGGAGGUCUAACUUCGUGAAGACUCGAGCUCCUUUUAACUCAUCAAGAAAUUAUCCACCACUGGUAUUGGGUACUUGUCCUUGACGAUGAUGUCAUUUAAAGCUCGGUAGGUGUUGCACAUUUGCCAAGUUUCAUCCUUCUUGCGUAUAAGUAGCACCGGUGAGGAAUAGGGGCUGCAACUUGGUCGAAUCACCCUUGUUUCAAGCAUCUCCUUUACAAUCUUUUUAAUUUCAUCCUUUUGGAGGUGUGGAUAACGGUACGAUCGAGUGUUCGCUUCAAUUUCUAUUUUCUUCCCCUCUGGUUACUGUUGGAGAUGCAUAAAAAGCCACAAUUUAUCCUGUGUAAAACUUUCUUCAUUCGUUGGGUCUAAACGGUGGUUACGUUGCUUCCGCGCUUUCCGUGUACGAUGAUAUGUUUGCCUUUGCAGUAGAAUUUCAUAAUUAAUUUGGAAAAGUUUCAAGAGACAACACCUAGCGUCGUCAGCCAUUCUAUGCCAAGCAUGGCCUCAUAAUCAUCAAUUGGUAGGAGGAAGAAGUCGGCGAUAAUUUCUUGGUCUUGCAGUAAUAGUUUCACCUGCAGGCAUCUUUGGUUGCACUUUAGGAUUCUGUCGUCGGCGACCUUUACAUCGAACUUGCUGCAACCUUCGAUGUUGAGCGCCAUCCGAGCAGCAACCUUACUGUUUAGGAAGUUAUUAGUGAUGCCCGUGUUGAUGAGAACAGUGAUCAGUUGUUGUUUGAGAAGGCCUUCAACUUUCAUUGUUUGCGGGUUUAAGUAGCCGGCUAGCGCGUGUACCAAAAAGUCGAUCGGUUGUGGCUCUUAUUUCGCAUCUUCUUCUUCAUAUUCAAGGCUCUCUUCUGAAUGUUCAAUGACCUCUUCUUCUACUGGUUCAAUCACAAGAAGUCUCCCUUUUUUACAACGAUGCUCGCGACUCCACGGCUCGUCGCAAAGCCAACAUAACCCCUUCGCAAAUCGCUCCCGAAGCUCUUGUCAACUUUUUUGGUGCAGAGGCUCGACUGACAGUAGGGGGGUUGAGGCUUCGGUAUUGCUGAUCGGGGAGCAACUGUAGUUCUCCUGGCUUCAUGGUUCAAUCGCUCCUCUUGAAGUCGUGCGAAAGAGAUGGCUGCCAUAAGCGUGUACGGUUGUCGUGCUUUAACUUCUCCCCGGAUCUCUGGCUUCAAGCCCUCAAUAAAGGUCCCCAAUAGUUAUUUUUCAGACCAAUCAUGAGUUUGAUUAGAUAACCUUUCAAACCUGGUUUGAUACUCUUAAAUGGUGGAGGUUUGUCGGAUCUUUGCUAGUUGUCCGUCAAUGUUCUCGUAAUCGGUUGGUCCUAAGCGGAUCAGCAGUCCUUCUUUGAAUUGUCGUCAUGAGAGGACUCCAUGAGUGUGUUCAAACCAGUCAAACCAUUGUAUGACAUCCCCUUCAAGAUGUAUAGUCGUAAUUUCCACCAUAGAUGCGUCUGCAGUUUUGUGGUACCGAAAAUAUCGCUUCGCACGCGAGAUCCAACCAAUCGGGUCUCCACCCUCAUGCGUGGAUAGUAGGGAUCGGUCACAGAGCCUCCCCUCUCCUGGAAGUCAUCUCUUCGGUCAGAGCUCUCUCCUUGAUGUGAUUUCUUCGGGCUCGGUGGUCGGCCUAAACUGAGUUUGGUAAAGAGAGUCUGAAUCUUAUCCUUCAUUCGCGUCUCGAAGGCUUCGAAUUUAGCAUUGAUUGCCUCCUUAGAUGCCAUAGUAUAUGCCUCCAAACCUGUAAUGUUAAGAUCUCUCUUUUGUUGUCGGGUUAAAGGCAUGUAUCAGUUAAGAGAAGUGGUGGCCGAAAGGGUUGGUGGAUUGGUGUAUGUUGGCUCUGGUUUAGGCUUGUUUUGUGGCUGUUUUGUAAGAGCAGAAUUGUCGUCGAAGAAACAGUGGUUUCACGACGAAAUUUUCAGCAAAAACUGAGAGAUUUGAGGAGGGAAUUUGACAGCAAAAUCUCGGUUUAGAUAACAGUAAUGGUGACAAAUUUGAUUAAGAAGAUUUCGAUAGUAUAACAGCAAGGAAAUCGGUGCAAAUUGCGAUAGCAGAAUUCUCGUCGAAAAAUUCCAGUGGUUUACGACGAAAAUUUACAAAAACACAAGAACGUUUUAGAGAUGAAUUCCUCAAUAGAUCAAUCUCAGAUGGAAGCCAAGACGAUCUAUAAAGCAUAUAAGAAAUUUCGUUAAAAAAGGAUAACUAAUUGAUCGAUUAAAGGCAACAAUAUGCUGUUGAAAUUUUCUACAGCAAUCCUUCGUUCGCAAAGAUGAUAACUUUUACGGCGAAAGGAAUUUGCAGCACGGGAUAGAUAAAAAGACUUCUUAGUAUUUUGAAUGGAAAAUUACAGCAGCAAAAGGUAUUGCUGAUAGGAGAAUACCAGAUCUCUUGAUGCAAUUAGAGGUGACGGUAGUAGAUUGAUUUGAUCUACGACAGAAGAUAACUGUGGAGAUGGCGAUGCUAAGAGCAAUUGUAGGAAUUUCUUGGUUGGUGGUGGGCGGCAAGGGUGGCCGCAAAAGCAGCAAGAUCGCUGGUUUGAUACUAGAUGAUAGAAUCCCCUAAGCAGCAAAAAUGGCCAUCUCCCUUCCUACCAUCGGCUUCCUCGAGGACAUUAGGGAGGAAUGAAAGAAGGAUCCAGAGAUCAACAACAUCAUAAAAAAAUUGGAGGAGGAUCCAAGCGCAAUAGGAGGAUCCAAGCGUAAUAGCCCACUACACUUGGGAUUCGAGGGAUUUACGCUAUAAAGGUCGCAUUGUGCUUAUACCCGACUCCCCUUGCAUCAAAAUCAUCAUGCUCAAAAUUCACUUCACACCUUCAGUAGGGCACUCCGGAUUUCUGAGAACCUAUAAAAGAGUGAAGCAAAAUUUUUAUUGGAGAGGGAUGAAAAAAAUUAUUUCUGAAUAUGUGGCACAAUGUGAUGUAUGCCAACAGCAAAAGGGUGAAACAGUGGCGAGUCUAGGGAAGCGACAACCACUACCCAUACUGGACUCCGUAUAGACUGACAUCUCUAUGGACUUCAUCGAAGGGCUGCCACAUUCCAAAAGUAAAAGCACAAUCCUCGUGGUGGUUGAUCGACUUACGAAAUAUGCUCAUUUUUGUGCUAUGCGAAAUCCCUACACUGCUGCUAAUAUUGCUCAGAUUUUCAUAGAAAAUAUUAUUAAACUGCAUGGGAUGCCAAGGUCCAUUGUAAGUGAUUGUGACAGGAUCUUCACUGGUAAAUUUUGGAUCGAGUUAUUUCAGUUACAGGGCACCAAACUCAAGAUGAGCAUAGCAUAUCAUCCACAAACUGACGGUCAAACAGAGGUGGUGAACAGGUGUUUAAAGACGUACCUUCGGUGUUUCUCUAGUGACCGACCAAAGGAGUGGGCGAAAUGGCUUCCCUAGGUCGAAUGGUGGUAUAAUACUACAUAUCAUUCAUCUAUAAAAUGUGCCCCAUAUGAAGCAUUGUAUGAUCGGUCGGCCCCUGUGAUUCCAAAGUAUGUAAUUGGCUCGGCCAAGAUAGAUCAAGUCGACGGUCGACCAAGAUUUAAUUGACAGGGACAAACUUAUAUAGCUGCUAAUGGAUAAUCUCUCUACCGCUCAAGACAGAAUGAAGCAGUAAGCCGACACACGACAAAGCGAAAGAGAAUUUUCAGUAGGAGAUUGGGUUUAUCUUCGCCUACAACCAUACAAGCAAUUCUUCAUCAACACACGAGCCUCCGUGAAGCUAUCCCCACGUUUUUAUGGGCCCUAUCAAAUCACAGAGCAUAUUGGAGUUGUGGCGUACAAACUUAAAUUGCUUGAGGAUGCCAAAAUUCACCUUGUCUUCCAUGUGUUAUGCCUGAAGCCCAAGUUGGGAGAACACGAGUCACCUCAGAUCCAACUGCCCAACACCACAAGCUAUCGUCGACCGCAGAAUCAUGAUGCGUCGUCGACGUCCCACUACUGAAUGACUAGUGCAUUGGAAUAAUUUACCACUCGAAGACGCCACAUGGGAAUCAUAUGAGGAGCUGAAGACCCUAGCCUUAGGGGCUACUUCCUAAGUGAGUUACCUCUUUUGUCCUCAACCCUAGCCGACCGACCUAGUAAAAAAGGGGGUCACCACAAGAUCGACACAGAGACUGUCAAAUAAGAUCUUGGUACUGAACCUAUCUAGUGAGAGAAUUCUGCGAAGCCUGAUGAUGGCAAUUCUGAUACCUUUAUGUUUGAAAUCAUAAAGGGAGAAGUUGUCAAAAUAACAAAUAAAGGGAGAUUGUAAGCACUAAAGGGGUUGAGAAGUUAGUGAAUGUCAACAUGAUAGAACUGAGAAAAAAAAUAGAUUUGCCUGGUAUAAUAAUGCUUGUAGAUGUCAUUGAAGCUAUUGAUAAAUAUGAUUGCCUUGAUAGGUUUGUGCAGCUUAGGGGAGUGCCUGUGUUGGAUGAUUGGCUCCAGGAAGUGCGUAAAGGAAAGACUGGUGAUGGCUUUAGUUUCAAAGAAAGUGAUAAAGUAGUUGAAGAUUUUCUUGUCUUUGCUUUGUGCAUUGGAAAAGUUGCCUGUAAACCUCAACGCACUGCAGACUUGUAACACCAGUGAGUUGGUGACUAAUUUGCGCAUUCAUACAAAUUUAGAGAUCUAGAAAAAGUUAAAAAUCUUGUUGACACCUGGAAGAAACGUGUUAAUGAUGAAAUGUCAAAAAUCUAAUAUGCAAAUUAUGUUCCAUCUAGCCAGCCAGUUCCAUUGCUGGUCAAGCGAGGUUAUUCUAAUGUUACUCAUGACGGAAAUAAACACACUGGAUCAAUUGAGGUGUCUGCCAAAAUGACUGUCACGUGAAUGUCAACAUGCGAAGCUCUGCCUAGCAAGCCUAGAGCUUCAGAUCAUAGUAUUUAAUCAACUUUGCCUCCAUCUAGUGUAGUUACUUCAAGGGAUUUACAUUGCAAAAUGGUUGCUACUAAUGGGGGUUCAGAGUUGCCACCUAUAGCUGUUGAGGAGAGGAGUAGUGGCUUCAAUCAGUCUCAGAACAACAGCUAAUCUUUUUCUGGUAAUCAAGCAAAAACAAUGGUUUCUUCAUGGAAGGAAGAACAGUGAUUGAAAAAGGUGCUCGGGCGAGGCGAGGCGAGGCGAGGCCCGAGCGCCUUGCUAAUCUCCCAGGCGGCGCGCUUCAAACAGGCGCCGCCUGGGCGCUCGCCCGAGCCCAAGCGCUGGGCGCUUCGGGCGAGCGCCUGGGUAAACCAAGGCGACCGAACCAGGAUUUUAGGUCUGGUUCGGUCCUGGUUCGGUUGGUUAGUUGGUUCAAUCGAACCAACUAAAUCGAUAUAACCCUUACCCAACCCUAACCCGCUGCCGCUGCCACUCCCGAUCCCGAUCCCGAUCUCGAUCUCGCUGCUCACCGCUGUCGCUGCUCGUAAACGCUGCCGUUGUCGCCGCUCGCCGCUGUCGCUGCUCGCAAACGCUGCCUUUGUCGUCGCUCGCGCCUCCCGCUGCUCGUUGUUCCUGUCGCCGCUUGCUGCUGUCGCUACUCGCAAACGCUGCCUCUGUCGCCGCUCGCGCCUCUCGCUGCUCGCCGCUCCUGCUCCCGCUGCCGCUGUCGCUGUCGCCGCUCGCGCCUCCCGCUGCUCGUCGCUCCUACUCCCUUUCCCGCUGCCGCUACCGUUGCUCGUCGCUGGCUGCUGUCGCUAUCGUCGCUCGCCGCUGCUUCCUCGUUUCUCAAUCAGCAGGCUCAGUAUACAGUAUACUAUUAAUAUUAAGUUUAUUUGAAAUUAUUAAUUUUUAAUACUGUUAAUAGAUUUUCUUAAUUUAAUAGCAUAUUUUUAUUUAAAAUUUUAAAUAAUUAUAUUUAUCAAUUAUAUUAUAUAUUUUUAUAUUUUAGCUCCUCGCUUCGCUCGGGUGAGCGCCUAGCGCCUCGGGCGUUUUUGGACCUUCGCGCCUUUUGACGCCUAGCGCUUUUUAAAUCACUGAGGAAGAAGCAAGGAGCUGAACAGCUGGGUCAAUGAAAACUAGCAAGCUAGCUGGUUGUUCAUCUUGCCCCUAAAGGUCAAGCAAUGGUCUAGGAACAAGUAUAUCUGGAAUUCAAAAGGAAAGUCAUUCAAGUAGGAUUAAAUCUGCCAGCAAGGCUAUGGCAUUGGAAAAAGGAUCACAAUCUGCACAGAUAUGUGAAAAGCCACUCGAUAUUUCUAUUGAUGAUCAUGGAAAUAACAACACGCUGAUUAGGAGGUUUCCUAACCCUGGCAGAAGCCUUGGACAUAGUGCCAGUGGUGGCUCUUCUGAGGGCCCAUUGGUUAUGGGUAUUAUAUCAUCGUCUCCUGAUAUUCCAGAUAAACAAGACCAUACACGAAGAAGUGAUGUUUCUGGGUCUCAUGCAACUACAGACAGUAAUACAGUGUCAUGGCAUGGCAAUGAUGUUAAAGAAGGGUUACUUGGAGCUGAAGGUGUUAGAUUGCCAACAGCUAUACUUGAUGAAGAACACGGCAGAGUUGAUGAGGAAACUAAUAAGGUUCCAGAACCUAUUAGAACUGUCUGUUCAUUGUCAGGGAAUGAAAAUGAAGUUUCCUUGAUUGAACUGAGAACAAGAAAUUCUUUUAGUUCUAUUCAUGCAUUGAUGGAAAGCUGUGCCAGGUGCUCUGAAUCUAGCACUCCUUUGGCUGUUGGGGUUGAUAUGGGGAUGAAUUUACCUGCUACUGUAGCAGCCAGGGAAAUUUCCAAGUCUGUUAUAUGUCUCACUGAGUCACCUGAAAGUUCACCUGCAAUAGAAGAUAUUUGUACUGGAAAUAGUGAGUCCAAAUUGAGGCUAUCAUGUGAUAGUGAUAUAUUUCAAAGAAACAACCAUCAUGAUGAAGCUGCUGAUGCCAAUUCUGAGAAGCAAGGGAGGAGUUUUGGUUCUGUGCUAGCUAGAGAUCGAUGACAAGACGUAGGGGCCAGUUUUACAGGUGACAGCAGAAAUGCUAUGCAAUUGCAGGAAAGUAAAUCCACUGGUGAUCCAACAACACAAUCUACUACUUCAUGUGUGAGUUCUCAUAAAAUUGGAGAUUCCUGUAUCAUUGUUGAGGUAAAGCCUGGGGAAGAAAAAGAAGACAGAUGUUCUUCUGUGUGUAGACCAGCAGAAGUGGAGGGGCAUAAUGGUGGUGGAGCCACUCCACUUGAGGAUACUAGAGGACAUGUUUCAGCAUUAGCACUGAUGGUAAGCCUAAUUUGACAAGCCCAUCAAUGGAUAGGAACAAAUCCUUCGAGUGUGAUCAUGAAGAAAUUGGAGAUGGAAGUAUAUGCACUUCUAACAUCAAAAUAGGUGAUGGAUCUGAUUGCAAUGCUGCUUCGGGUAGAAAAUUACAGAAGCUGCUUGUUGAGGAUCCUAUGUCAGGUCCUGUAGUUAAGGAAGAACUAGGUAGUGCUAGUGCAACUGACCAGCAGCAGCUACCAUCAUUAGAUGCUGUAGAUGAAAGUGUUGUUGCUGUUGUCUCAUUGGCUGCUGAUAAUGUUCCAUCUCCUAAAGCUGUUGAUGAGUCUAUGACUAGUAAGUCUGAGAACUCUGGAAUUGGUUACUUCAAAUUGGGGGAUGAAACAAAAGAGAAAAACAGUAUUUCUACUUCUAGCAUUGAUGAACUAGUUAGAUCAGCGAUGGUCUCUCUUGUCACUGCUGAGAUUGCUAGUGAGGUAAAAGAGGUUCAUGAGAGUUAUCCAGUUGGGUCCAAAGGUCAAGAACCACCUUCUACUUCUAUGAUCAAAGAAAUUUUGAAUUGUGAAAAAACUAUUGGCUUUAACUUUAAGACAUCUGGGUUCAACGCAGAUAGAAGGGGCGAGCUUGCAUCAUCUACAGAGUCAUGCUCAUCGGGUGUUUCUGCUGAGCCAGAUGUUAUCAGUAAGCUUGAAUUUGAUUUGAAUGAGGGCAUUUCUGGUGUUGAUGCCAAUGAAGGAGAGCCAGCUAUCUCAACUGCAAUAGUAUGCUCAUCUGUAAUUCGUUUGCUUAGUCUAUCUCCCUUUGCAAAUCCAAUGUUGAAUGGUUUUUUGCCUGCUUCAAUAACAGUAGCUGCACCAGGAAAAGUACCGUUUAUGCCACCUGAAAAUUUGUUGAAGGCUAAGGAUGAGACUGGAUGGAAAGUCUCAGCAACCACUAGUGCAUUUUGGUCAGCAGAACCACGAAACAUUUCUAGAGAUGCCACCUAAUAGUUCGCAUAUGCCACCAUCUUAUUUUGCCAGAAAGCAAGGCCAUCCUCUGCUAGACAUUGAUCUGAAUGUAGCUGGUGAGGGAGUUCUUGAAGACAUGGCCUCUGAGAGUACUUCUCAGACUACAGUGUCCAUUUCAGGCACUGUUAGUACUCAUCAUGCACCAUCAAGAAUUGCUGGGGGAGUUGAUCUUGAUUUAAAUAGAGUUGAUGAUGGUAUGGGACUCUGGAAAAUGGACAGCUCUUGACAAGCAGUAGCCAUAGAUUAGAGGCACCAAUUUUGCCUACUCAACUUGCAUCUGGAGCAUUUCCUGGUGGAGAGGCAAGUGUGCUAAGGAACUUUGAUCUGAAUGACCGACCAGGUGCUGAUGAAGUUGGUUUAGGACCAACACCAAGGAGCCAAAAAACAGAAACUACAAGUGAUGUGCCAUUUUUUGCUCCACUUGCAGAUAUAACAAAUAAUCUUUCAUGGAUCUGUCCUACCUCUUUUCCAGCUGUUGCUACAUAAUCUUUACUGCCUGAUAGAGUGUAGCAGUUUAAUCCAUUAGUUGCAAUUCCAGUGUCUCAGAGGAUUUUGUCAGUAACUGGUGGUGGCAACUCCUUGAAUGAUGAUUAUAGAGGCUCUGCACUUUCAUCAUCACCAGCCAUGACAUUUGCUUCUGUGACAUCACUUUCUUAUGCAAGAUUGCCCUUUGCUUCUGGUUAUUCAAUCAGCUCAACCUCUUUCUCAGGUUGUUCAACGUCCUAUGUUGAUUCUUCAUCAGCUGGUGGUUCAUUCUUCCCUGCUUUUCCUUCACUGCUUGUCAGACUUCCUAGUGCUGUAUUAUCUCAUUAUCCAAGGGUUGCCUAAUAAGCUUUCCAGAUGGUAGUACUAGUACUGUGUCUGACAACAUUCUGAAAUGGAGCAGACAUGGGUUCGAUCUCAAUACAGGUCCAGGUAUUGGAGAUUUGGAGGCAAAAGAUGAGAAACUAUCUUCAGCAUCAAGACAACUGCUAGUUGCCACUUCGGAAGUAUUCAUGGACGAACAGGCAAGAACUUAUGGUUUUCCAGGUGUAAGUUCGAAGUGGAAGGAAGCUGAAGGGAGUUGCCAUGCAGAGAAAUAUACAGACAGAUCUGUCAAGCAACUUCCAUGGAAGUAGGGAGAUUAUUGAACACAGCAACUGCAGCUUCCAUAUCUGGCACGAUCUUGUGUGGAAUUUCUUUCUUACUAGUUUAUACACAAGCAACAAUCACAUACGUACUAGUGUUUGCCUUGAUGUCUGAAACUCUCAAAGGGGAUCCGAACCAUUUCUGUAAUUCAUAUCAAUGUUUAGAUAUGAUUCACUCCAAUCAUUUCACAUUUCACAACUUGCUUUUUUUAGCAUUUAGGGUUUUCAGUGUAAGUUUGCUUCCUUUUCUAAUUGAAAUUAUAUAUAUUUCAGGCCUUCAAAGUUGGAUGGUAAGUGAUAUCAUUUGAAUAUUCCAGUUUUUCAUUCUCUAAUCUUUUUCUUUUAUGCCACUGCAAGUGUGUUUUUGGAUUGUUCAGAGGCAUUGUUAUCAUAUUUUUCACUUGUCUAGUUCCUGCAGAUUACCAACUGUAUGUACUUCAGAAUGCACUUAAUAUUUUGCAGCUCAGUUAUGAACUUCUG